AUGGAUCACGUGACCUUGCGCAAUAAGUUGCGAUAUCGCCUGAAGGGUCACUGGUUGGUUGACCUGCCCAGAAUAAAAGUAGAACUUAAACCACCUCUGGUGUUCAACUUACACCAUGGUGAACGCUGGCAUCCUACUGAUAAACGUCAAUUGUCGUUAUCUGUACUACCACUAGAAAUUGGACCUCAGGUAUCAAUACUGUCACUAGAUGAAGUACUUGAAACUUUGGCAGAUACCACAAGCUCAUCAAGCUCUGAAGAAGAUACUAGAGGGUUUAAAACUAAAAAGCUUUCAACUGCCAGAAACUCUACAGAAAGCAGUAGCGAAAGCGAUGAGGGUGGAGAACCCAACUUGACCAGAGAACUCUUACAUCGAAUUAUCCCAAAACCAGUACCACCAAGGCCACUUUUUUCUAAACGUUAG